AGAAAAAACAAAUCUCUUACUCGGAGCGCGCGUUUCUAAUACUUCAACACUUACAUUCAAAAAUUGAAAUUUUUCUAGGGUUCUUACAUUGGCUCCAGAAAGUUUCAUUUCUAGGGCUCAAUUUUUUACGAUUUUAUUUCUAAUUCUUCAAAAAUUCAAAGUAAAUUCAUAUCGUCAAUUUCUUCCCAAUACUUUUUCCUCUUCUUGGAUGCUUAAUUGAAAAAGCUAUGGUUCGCAUUGUGAAACGUGAACCUGUGAAUACUCGAAGUAGCGGCGGAGUAGCGGCGAGCACUAGCAAUGGCCAUAACGACGGUUCUGUAGAGGUAGAAGCUGCUGGACGACUUCGUUUAAAGCUUCCCGAAGAAACUACGAUCCUAAAACGCGAAAAAGUUAGUACUCGUAUUCGUCAAAAUAGAGGAGCAGAGAGUAAUGGAGAAGUAUCAACAGACGAAGGCACUGUUGGAAUACGCAGAGUUCUUCGAUCUCAUUAUCUCUCCGUUAAGUCUCGUAUUUCUGAUGAGAGAGAUGAUAUAUCAAAAGUUGAUUCAGAUAAAUUCAAGUCAAUAAUUGAGGAAGUCGAAAGACUACAUCAGCGUGUACAAAAACCUAGGGAACAAGUUGCGGAUGCAGAAGCCCUGUUGGACAUCACGAACACGCUGGUGACUUCGGUGAAGGCCCAUGGUAAUGAAGGAGUGACUCCUUCAGAUUUUGUUAGUUGCCUACUAAGGGACUUUGGUCAAGAAGGUGGAUCUAGCAGUAUAACAGGAGAGGAUAGGGACUCAAUCUGCUGGAAGUACAUCGGCUGUGUAGUCUCUCAUGUUUUCAGGAGUGCUCCUUGUUGCUGUACAAUGAUAGGGCCUAUGAAUACUGAAGUGAAGCAACGCAAGACUGUCGUUCACAGAAAGCGUAUGAGGCCAACAGAACGUGAACGCCCUGAGGAGCUUGAAGAAACUGUUGAUGAGGAGAAGACAGACACUGACAAGAACAUGGCUACAAUGUUUCAAAUUCUGAGGAAGCACAAGACUGUCAGGCUUGAAAACUUAAUACUGAACAGAAAGUGCUUUGCACAGACAGUUGAAAAUUUAUUUGCCCUAUCAUUUCUAAUUAAAGAUGGGCGAGCUGAUAUUACCAUUGAUGAAAAAGGCUGUCAUCUAGUUUCACCAAGGAAUGGUCCCGCUGCUAAUGCAGUCCUUUCUGGGGAGGUUUCUUACAGCCACUUCGUCUUUAGAUUUGACUUUCAGGAUUGGAAGCUUAUGUUGGGGUCAGUUAAUGCUGGAGAAGAAUUAAUGCCACUCAGAACUGAAGCUGCGAUACCAACAGCAUCAACCUCUGAAGCAACUGAACGACCUGUGCCAACUACACCAAUAAGGAAAUUGACUAGGAAUCGGGGUCUGGUUUUUCAGGAGCAGACUGUUGUUGAAGAAUCCCCAGAAAGUGACAAUUGCCAAGGAGCUGCUGCUGACCGGAAAGGAAAGCGAAAACUGACAUAAGAUUGACUGGCUGCAGCUUGUCAACUCUGAAGUGAUGCGGGAAGAGCAUUCUGCUAUUUUGGGGGGAAUUCAAAAUUAUUUGAAUUUGGUAGAGUUUUCUUUUUGGUUUCCCUUUGGACCUAGAGGUACUUAUUUUUAAAAAAUGUAUCUAAUGUAGAGGUACCAAAUGCACAUUCUCUUUGUCUAUCUAAUGGAUAAUAUUGUACAGA